UCUGUGCUGCUGAUUUAUGUUACUUGUCUGUGGCCGUUUUUUUAAUUUUAAAAGGGCUAUUAGAAUCCGGAGCCAUAAAAUAGUUUAAAAAAAUUUGUGUCCUUGAAAAUAUUGUAAUUUAACUCUGUGAUUUAAACUGCUACCUACAAAAAUUAGAAACAAAAUUAGAAAUUGAAAAAUUUAAAAUAGGGGAAAUUCUCAUCACCUAUACAUCGAUGCCUAUUACAUAUUACAUAGUUUUACGAGUAAAACUGUGCCUAUAACCAUUCUUUUAAAAUUGGCUCUUCAAUUCUUGCAUUUUGGCGAAGUAAAUUACGCCCAAUUGGUAAAAAAUGAGUAUGAAAAAAUCAAGAAGCAAAAAAGCCCAAAUAGAAAUGUUGGUCGACUUUAUGGCGACCCACAAUCGCCUUGCCACUGGUAAUUUCGCAGGGCCCUUAGAGGCUAGAAGGGCAGAAACCCAGUGGCAACUUUUGAAAAAUAUAUUAAAAAAAUAUGGGCCAGACAGGUCAAUUGAUCAGUGGAAACAGACAUGGAAGGACUUGAAAAAAGCAGCACGUCAUGAUAACGCUGAAGAAAAUAUUUCAUCAGCCCCUUCCACUAGCAAUCCAGCCCUUACCACCAGCUAUCCAACCCGAUCCACUAGCUAUCCAACCCCUUCUACCAACCAUCCAACCCUUUCUACCGGCCAUCCAACCCUUUCUACCAAGCAUCCAACCCCUGCUCCCAGGCAUCCAACCCUAUCCACCAGCCAUCCAACAGCCCAAAGCAAAGAACAUCUGGACGAAUCAUUUGACCACUUGCGUGAUAAUAAUGAAAUUUUACAAAGUAUACAUGAAGGGCUAGGUGAACACAAUGAUCUUUUGCGAGAGCAGAAUGAAUUGCUUCGAGCUCAGAACAUUAUCCUAUCACAGAGAAAUAAACUGAAAAGGUUGAAAAGAUUUUCUCGAAGAUUUUAAGAGAGCAACAAAAUUUGUUUGCCUAGUGCCAAUAAAUAAAUUAAAAACCUAUGUACCUAGAGGAUUUGGACAUUUUUGUAAUUUGAAUUUUGUAUUUUGUAAUAUAAUAAGUUAUUCUAUGGC